UUAAUUUCGACUUAAUAUUUUGUAAUUUGUUCGUACAACUUUAAUUUGAUAAACAAAAAACUGUGUUCAUUAAUCAUUUAACUAGUUUGAUAGUAAUAUAUUAGUAAAUAGAUAAGAAUGAAUACAAAUUCGUUGUGCCGGUGUUGUUUAGCACGGCCCCCCGACAAAGAGCUAAAAUCCUCUUACACUUGCUUUGGAAAACACGAAAUAUAUGCCGAUAUGUUAAAAGAUUGCUUUGAAAUUCAUUUACCAAUAGACAUCUCAGGUGUGGAUGGGGGCAUAUGUGAGAUAUGCAUAACUCGUCUCCGAGACUCAUUUGACUUCAAGCAUCAAGUGUUAAGGUGCCAGAAAGAGUUUCAGUUAUCCAUUACAGAUGUCAAAAAGGAAGAAAUGACAAAUGUGAAGGAGGAGUUGCUAGAUGACGGCGACAAUUACUUUUUUGAUAUGAAUACAGCCCUACCAGAGAUAGACUCAGAAGAGAAAUUAGCGGAAAUAUUUGGCUUAAAGGAUAUUAAAAGGAAGAGAAGACGUAAGAGGCUUACAGAGGAUGAUGAUUGCGACGACCUACCACUGAAAACAUUUAGCACGAAAAAUACCGAUAUAUCAGAUAACGCGAAACACUCGUACAACGUGAAAAAAAUACUAAAAUACUCAAAUUGUACGCCAUUUUUUAAUAAAACGCUUAGUGGAAUUGUAUGCGCAUCGUGCAAGACAACAUGUACGAACAUAAACGAACUACGCACACACGUACAAGACAUCCACCCGGACACACACAACACAGACAAACGGCUAGACAAAAGUAAUAUAUCGAUAAAAAUGGAUAUAUCCGAUUUACAUUGUAAAUUAUGUCUGAAACACCAACAAAAUAUACCGACAUUAAAAAAGCAUUUGACAUCCGAACACAAUGAGAAAUUCUUUCCCGAUAUUUACGAUUAUAUAUUCGAGUUUAAACUCACAGACGGCGAUAUUCUCAAUUGCGCUUUGUGUAACUCGACAUUUGAGACAUUUAAAAUGCUCCUUCAACACAUGAAUUGUCAUUAUCGCAAUUACAUUUGUGACGAGUGCGACAUGGGCUUCAUAAACAAACACCGCUUGAAAAAUCACAAGCGUACACACGAGAUUGGCGAUUUUAAGUGCACGUACUGCGACAAAGUGUUCACGACACUCGUACGCCGAAAGUGUCACGAAAAGUAUACGCACAACGCGAACGCACGGUAUACGACCAAUUGUCCGCAGUGCGAUAAAACCUUCAACAGCUAUUAUCAAAGAAAUCGGCAUAUGUACGAUGAGCACAACAUUUCAGCGGCGACAUACAAAUGCAAUGUUUGCGAUAAGUCGUUUAUCCUGAAGUCCAAGUUGACCUCGCACAUAAAGAAGGUGCACCUGAUGGAGAGGAACCAUAAGUGUCCACUCUGCGAGCAGGGAUUCUUCAUCAAACAGUCGCUUGACGAACAUAUGGUGCGCCAUAAUGGGGAGAGAGUGUUUAGUUGCACGGUAUGCCAUAAGGCAUACGCGAGAAAGAAGACGUUGAGAGAACAUAUGCGGAUACACAAUAAUGAUAGACGUUUCAAAUGUGGCCUGUGUGGGUUGGCCUUUGUACAGAAGUGUAGUAUGAAAAGUCAUAUGCUGUCGAAUCAUGGUAUUUCGCUGAUGGAGUUUGAAAAUGCCGCUAAAGCUAUUAGUGUGAAAGCUAAUUAAGGUUUUGUGGAAGAAGUAAUUGCAGCUAUAAGAAUAUAACAAAAGAUGCAGACAAGAGAGGCAGAUAGAAAAGAGGAAGACGACCGAGAUGAGAAGAGAAAGAUGGAAGAUGAUAAAUAAGGCUGAGAUAGGAAAUAAGACCCAGAUAAGGAGAUUAAGAAAGCAGAGAGGGGACAGAGAGGAGAUAAGUAAAGGAAGGGAGGGAGUAGCCGCAGGAAAUAAGACCGAUAAAGGGAGAUAAAGAAGGCAGAGGGCAGGAAGAGAGGAGAUAAAUAAAAGAAGGGAGGGAGUACAGUCUAUGCGGCAAAAUCGAUUGCGUGGCGAUUAUGCGAACCUACGCCACUUUAAAGUUAUAGUCGCCUUGAUAUCAGAACUAAAACAGUUCUCUUUCUCUCUUCGCUUUACUUUACUUACCCGAAUAAACUUUCGUAGCAGUUCGAAAUAAACAAACAAAUGAUGUUUUGCUGAUGUUAGACAUUUGCCAACCAUAAUGGUCUAAUUAGAUAUGUUUUUAUUUAUUUCGAAUUAAUUCUUAGACAAUAGAACCUAUAGAAAUUGUUAUUUUUAAUUCUGUCUAGAAACCACCAAAACGCGCUAGCCAAUAUGGCCUAGCCAUGCCUGUCAUCAAACGUCAAGUGUCAUACAAUGCAAAAUAAAAAUGUGCCCGGCCAAAAAUGUUUGUAAUCUCUGACAUGUCAGAAAAUGGCAGCUGUCAGAAUUCUACGGAAUUAAAAAUCUAAUCGUGUAAGAUAGAAAAUGUUCACGAAUCAGUGCAAUAAUUUAUAGGUUAAUUUAGUUCUCUAAAAUCUGUGUCAGGCACAGAAGGGAAACGUAUUAAGCUAUUAAAGCAAUAAUCAAUCUCUUUUUAUAUGGAAAAGUUUUAUAUAUUUGUAUUUCUUUUCUAAAGUGUGAGUUACGUCAUUAGCUUGGUGCGCCAGUGGCGUAGCAAAGGGAGGGGGGAGGGUCCGCACCGGUUGUCACCUUUUUGGAGGUGACAUACAACUGGACGCUCAACUUAAUACAAAUAACAAUAUACAAAAAAAAAAUCGCUGGUAUAAAAAAUAUUUUUCAGGGAUUUCUCCACUAGCACUAGCUCUACGUAGAAUUCGGGGAUCCCCGAAAAAAGCCUGACACUUUAGGGGAUUCCCCGUCCCAUACUCGCGAUCUUUUAAUAAAUAAUCUGUGUCCUUUAGCAUAUAAAUUCGCACCUGGUGCCACCCAAGGUAGAGAUAUUCGAGGACUGAUUUAAAAUCAUUUAUUUUUAUUUAUUUCAGGAAUGAGCAAAUAUGUUAUAGUUUAUUUAAGGUCUUGUGAUAUUUGGUUAAUUGUAGAUAUAAUAAAUAAUUUAUAUCUCUA